GACCUUAAAAAGUAUGUUACUACUUACUACAUCGAGUGAAAUUAAAAAAGAGAACGCCCGUCCGUGAGCGAGUCGCCACAAGCCCGUAGCGAGCAACGGUAAAAUCUCUGUAUCUCGAAGUGGUACGCGCGCCAGUCAUCGACUCGGCCUUAACCGCUAUGGGUCGUGCGCUGCGCUCGCUGUGCGUGUACCAGCGCCCUUUCGUCGCCCCAAACGCCCGGGCCGCCACCACAGGAUGCCCCUUCUCCAAGCGCCAGCGCUCCCAGGUCGCCCCGACCGCCGCCCUAAACGAGGAGAUCUUCGCCAGCGCGAAGCCCUACUCCGAGGUCCCGGGCCCCAAGCCCAUCCCGAUCCUGGGCAAUACGUGGCGCAUGAUCCCCGUCAUCGGCCAGUUCGACAUCUCCGAGUUCGCUAAGGUGACCAAGCAGUUCCUGGACCAGUACGGCCGGAUCGUCCGGCUGGGCGGACUGAUCGGCCGGCCGGAUCUGCUGUUUGUGUACGAUGCGGAUGAGAUCGAGCGGAUGUACCGGCGCGAGGGCCCGACACCGUUCCGCCCCGCCAUGCCGUGCCUGGUGAAAUACAAGUCGGAAGUCAGGAAGGAUUUCUUCGGGGAGUUGCCGGGUGUUGUCGGAGUCCACGGCGAGCAAUGGCGUACUUUCCGUUCGAAGGUCCAACGGCCGAUCCUGCAGCCGCAGACGGUGAAGAAAUAUGUCGCGCCCAUAGAGAACGUCACCGAGGACUUCAUCACUUACAUGGAGGGAGCGAGGGAUGAGAACGGAGAUCUACCGCACGAGUUCGACAACGAUAUACAUCGGUGGUCUUUGGAGUGUAUCGGCCGAGUCGCCCUAGACGUGAGGUUAGGGUGUCUCUCACCGAACUGGGCGAGCGACUCCGAACCGCAGCGGAUAAUCGACGCGGCGAAGUUCGCGCUGCGUAACGUCGCCGUGCUCGAGCUACGGGCACCCUACUGGAGAUACAUACCGACCCCGCUUUGGACCAAAUACGUCAAUAAUAUGAACUUCUUCGUUGAAUUAUGUAGCCGCUACAUAAACGAAGCGCUAGAACGUCUGAAGACCAAGAAGGUGACGUCAGAGAACGAUCUGUCGCUACUGGAGCGGGUCCUCCGCAGCGAGGGAGAUCCGAAGAUAGCUACUAUUAUGGCGCUCGAUCUUAUACUAGUUGGGAUUGACACGAUAUCGAUGGCAGUAUGCUCAAUUCUCUACCAGGCAGCGACCAGGCUGAAGCAGCAAGACAAGAUGGCGGAGGAGAUCAGGCGCGUGCUGCCGGACCCCGACCAGCCGCUCACGUACGCCGACCUCGACAAACUGCACUACACUAAGGCCUUCGUUAGGGAAGUUUUCAGAAUGUAUUCUACGGUGAUCGGUAACGGUCGAACACUACAAGAGGAUGACGUCAUCUGCGGAUACCACAUACCCAAGGGAGUGCAAGUAGUAUUCCCGACCAUAGUGACGGGCAACAUGGAUCAGUUCGUGUCCAACCCCGAGGAGUUCCGGCCAGAGCGCUGGCUGGAGAGUAGCGGACGACUACACUCGUUCGCCUCCCUGCCCUACGGCUUCGGAGCCAGGAUAUGCCUGGGCAGGAGGUUCGCUGAUCUCGAGAUACAAGUGCUUCUGGCUAAGCUGCUGCGACGGUACAGGCUGGAGUACCACCACCAGCCGCUGGAGUACGCCGUCACCUUCAUGUACGCACCCGACGGACCGCUGCGCCUGCGCAUGCUGCCGCGAUAACCAUGACAACUUAUAUAAAUAUUAGUCCGGCCGCAGAGAAGACUCAUAGAAGAUUCAUAGGCAGAUGAACCUAUGUAAUUUGGUCGCGGUAUGUCAAACC